CCAAAAGCUCAAGCUGAAGCACCGAUGCCUCCAGAGUCUAGAACAUCGAGAGCAACUGUAAAUUACCCGUUCUGCCCUCCCAACAAAUAUGGCAAUUUCCCAUUUAGUACCUCAUUUGCCUCUUCUACGCUUUUCUCUCACUGCGACAAAGCUCACUCCUCAAUUCCAUUCUCACAGAUACCGCUUCUUCUCCAUCCGUGCUUCCAUGGCGUCUCCCCCUGCUCGCAAGGUUUUGGUUCCGGUUGCGAACGGCACCGAGCCGCUUGAGGCAGUCAUCACCAUUGACGUGCUUCGACGUGCUGGAGCUGAUGUCACCGUUGCUUCUGUGGAGAAUCAUAUUCGUGUUGAUGCUGCACAUCAGAUCAAGAUUGUUGCGGAUUCUCUCAUUUCUGAUUGCACAGAUACUGUUUUCGAUCUCAUCGCACUUCCUGGAGGUAUGCCAGGUGCUACCAGCCUUAGAGAUUGUGCAGUUUUGCAGAACAUAGUGAAGAAGCAAGCUGCUGAUGGUCGACUUUAUGCUGCCAUCUGUGCUUCACCUGCAGUGGUGCUUGGAUCAUGGGGUUUGCUGAAAGGGUUGAAAGCCACAUGCUAUCCAUCAUUUAUGGAGCAACUGGGAUCUAAUGCCAUUGCUGUUGAAGCCCGAGUACAAAUUGAUGGCCAAGUUGUAACAAGUCGUGGGCCUGGUACUACCUUGGAGUUUGCUGCUGCACUGGUUGAGCAAUUGUAUGGGAAAGAAAAAGCCGACGAAGUUUCUGGUCCUCUGUUGUUGCGUUCCAAUCAUGGUCAUGAAUAUACCAUAGCUGAGCAAAAUCAAGUGAAGUGGACAUUUGAUGAUGGCCCAAGGAUUCUCGUACCUAUUGCUAAUGGUACCGAGGAAAUGGAGGCUGUUAUGAUCAUUGACAUUCUUCGGAGAGCAAAAGGGGAAGUGGUGGUGGCUUCUGUUGAGGACAAACUAGAGAUUCUUGCAUCACGGAAAGUUAAACUGGAGGCAGAUUUACUUCUUGACGAAGCUGCUGAACAGUCAUAUGAUCUAAUUGUUUUGCCUGGCGGGCUUGGUGGUGCGGAAGCAUUUGCAAAAUCUGGAAAACUGAUUAACCUGCUAAAAAGGCAGAGAGAAUCAAACAAACCCUAUGGAGCAAUAUGUGCAUCCCCAGCUUUGGUCUUAGAACCCCACGGCAUGCUGAAGGGUAAGAAAGCUACCGCUUUUCCUGCAUUAUGUGAUAAAUUGUCCGACCAAAGCGAAAUUGAAAACAGAGUGGUGGUUGACGGAAACCUGAUUACAAGCCGAGGACCUGGAACUACAAUGGAGUUUUCUCUGGCAAUCGUGGAGAAGCUUUUUGGAAGGGAUACAGCAGUUCAGCUGGGAAAAACAAUGGUCUUCAUUCAGGAUUAAAGGUCAAUCCAGCAUUCUCACUGGGAAUAUAUUCUUAUUUUAUUCUUCUCUUCUAGUUGAAGCAAAAACGACAGCUUCAAGAGAAGAAUAUUUUGUGGAUAAGGAAUUGGCUUAUAAUCGACGUGAAAAUGACGCUGAAGAACUAUAGUGAAAGAUGAUGGUCUCGAUGUUAGCGUUGAAGAGAAAAAGAAAUUGGAGGAAGUGAAACCCUAAAAUUGCGUUGAGGAGGAGCAUGAUUUGAUUCAAAUAAGUGAAGGUAUUUUCAAUAUUUUCUUUUCAGCCCAUUAGUGAAAUUGGGUUGGACUUAAUUAGUUUGACAAUCUUGUAAAAUCAAUAAAUAUUGUCCAUAGGUCUAAUUUUAGAAAACUUUUUAAACAUUAUUGCAACCGUCUCUUUUUUUAUAUAUAUAUUUUAAAAUUACCUUUAGAGUAA